UUCCUCCAGAUCGAACAGUUCGCCGAGGAAAAUCAGUCAUGAGCCCAUCGGCCAUGCAGCACGAAGCGCUCGUCGCUCCGGCCAACGCCGACCGCCUCCGCUCGGCAUUCGAGCUGAAGUCGUACGCUUUCGGUGACCAGCGGCUCUCCUCCUCGCCGCGCUACCUGCCCAGCGGCGGCGACGACGGCCUGUACCGCUGCUCCUCCCCAUUCAGCCCGAGCCUGGGCUUCUCCUCGCCAUCGCCGCUCGCCACCUCCGUCUCGCUCUCGCCGUCCUCCUCCGCCUCCCUCGUGGACGACGCCGACUACUGUGGCGGCGCGGCGGCCGCCGACGCCACGGGCCACCGGCUCCAGCUCGCGCGGGUCGCGCUGCAGUACCAGGAGGUGGUCGACCGCUACGAGCUCUGCCUCUCCCGCCUCGCCGAGGCGGUCGACGAGGCGGCGGUCCUCCGCCGCGAGAACGCCGAGCUCCGCGUGGCCAACGGCGACCUCGCGCGCCGCGUCGCGAUGCUCGGCGGCACGCAGACCGCCGCCGUCGCCAUCGCCGACGAGAUCCGCCGGCUCCGCGGUCUCGGCGACCAGAAGGUGCACGCGUCGCCAGAGAAGACCGCCGUGCUGCCCAAGAGCAUCUCCGUACGUUCCAGCGACUACCUCAAGAUGAACCAGCCUGCCCCCGCUGCCGCUACACCGGCCGUAUACAGCCGCAAGCCUCGCGCGUCCAACCCGACCAACCCAAGCUCGCAGAAGUGGGGCGCCGACGGCGGCAUGAAGUGGGGCGAGGAGAAGAAGCAGCUGCAGAAGGAUCGGCAACCGGACGCGAGCAGCGGCGCGGCGGCGGAGCUGGACGUGUGCAACCAGGGCAUGUUCAAGACGGAGCUGUGCAACAAGUGGGAGGAGACGGGGGCGUGCCCCUACGGCGACCAGUGCCAGUUCGCGCACGGCGUCUCCGAGCUCCGCCCCGUCAUCCGCCACCCGCGCUACAAGACCGAGGUCUGCCGCAUGGUGCUCAACGGCCAGGUCUGCCCCUACGGCCACCGCUGCCACUUCCGCCACUCGCUCACGGCCGCAGAGCGCCUCCUCCGCCGACCUUAACGCCAGUGCACGGCCCACCACAUGCUCUGUUCGAACCGUUGUUAACUUACAGUCCGAAGUCAAGCACAUAUACACAGCGAAAUGUACAAAAAUCACGAACUGCGUAAAUAAGAUAUAUAAGUAUAAUUUUAAAUAUAAAGGGAUCCGAGCGGUAGAGUUAGCGACCAGGAAAUGUGAAUAUAUUCGUAUACAUUACAGAAGUAAUCGUCUCGUCAGCAGUGUUCUCGCCUGGGCGUCCGUCAAUUCAAUUUGUUCAUACAUGUACGUUGUUGGUCUUUGGGUUCGGUGAUAAUCUGUUUCCAAAUGCGUUUAGAGGGGGAAGAUCCACAUAUAUACGGAGUACAAUAAGUAGAGUGUAGAUUGGGGAACUGGCAAGUUCUGAGAAAGUCAGGCGGCUGUCAUUUUGCUUGUAUGAUGAGCAUUAGAUCUUGUAUAGAAACGAUGUACGUACUUCCAUCAGAUUAAGUUGCUACUCUUGGGAUGAUCCUUUGUAAUGUCAGUGGUUUUGCAGUGUAUAAAUUGGCAUGUUUUUCAACGUCACAACAUAGAACUCCAUUCUCU